GUUCCUACUAUUGUUAUUGUUAUUGUUGUUAUUAAACAAAAUUCUCCUCACGCCGCCCUCGAACGCCCGCGAAGCAGCGCGCGCGCCGCUCCCUUCCCGGCAACCUCUGCGGCAAGGGCCGCUUCGACGUCCGUCGCCCAGGCAAGUGUCUCCUUCGUCUCUAUGGUGAAAGGGGAAUGGAGGAAAGCCAACCACCGAGAUGGUAGAAGACCGCUGGUGCGCACGCGCAGGGAGAGUCAACGUGAAAAGGGGAACCCGUUCGUUCUAGCCUCGGGUCUCUAUCGUCCCCAAGGAACCGUGUCCAUGCAUUUGGGUUUCGCGGUCGAUUAGCGACCGGAAGUCCCUCUGCGCGUGCGUAGGAAUCUGCCACUUACUGAAUAGGGGUGGUCGCCAGUUCGUGGAAUGGUGGCGCCUCUCCGCCAGGCAUCCAGUCUCCCUGCCUAACCACCUUUCCUUGCGGAAACAUCAUUAUUCGAUUAUGAUUCUAUACUGUUAUUCCCUUACGGGACUCAAGGCGGACAACAGAUUUAACAAAAUGCUUGCAGGACUACAGCUCCCAUCAACCCCUGCAAACACGCCAAAUGGCCAGGGGAUGCUGGGAGUCGUAGUUCCGCAUGUUCCUGCGGGCUAUUAAGUCUCCACACACUUAAAAAGGGCCUAGCUGAGAGGAGAAAGCGCCGCUAAGCUCACUCGGGCCUCACUUUUGAGGUGCGGAGGCCCAAUCCUUGACAGGAUGGAGGCUCCUUUCCCGUAUGAAAAGGGAUGCAUGGGCGACGCCUCCUCUCAAUCCUCCAUAAGGGAAUCUUAUUUAUUAAUUGAUUUAUUAAAUUUAUAAGAUUUCUGGGUGAGUCAUAGGCCAAGCGGCGGUUGGCUGAGAGGUGAGGAUGACUAGAGAACUGAUUCUCGCUCCAUCCGGGCCUUUGUUUUCGCGGCGUGAGGGAAGCGCCGGCCGGGAAGGCGGGGUCGGGCGCCGACAUCCGGGUCCUGGGGGAUGGCCUCCCUGAGCCGCUGCAUCCGGGUCCUUCUGUCGUGAGGGAAGUUGUCAGGAGGCGCGAGGGGUCCUGAGGCGGAGAACGAGAAGCCUCCGAGCUGCCCGCCGGGACCUCCCCACCCCGCACCCCGCCGAAGGCCGCUCAGGUACGGCUUCUUUCUCGGGCGGCGAAGGGCCGGGGCGCCGGAGGACCCGCCCUGUCCGCCUCCCUCAGCGGCUCGGGCGAGUCGAUGUAGGGAAUCCUCCCCUCGCCUCUACUCGCCCUGAAGGCCUGGCGGCGGCGCCCAGCCUUCUCUCGCCAACCCCGAGCGCGCUUACUCCACACACGCGUUCUCACGCUCACACGAGCGCCGCGAACCGAUAGCAGUUGCCUAGGCAGUGUAAACCGGCGGCAGUUGUGUUUUUGCGCGGGUUUGUGUUGCUUUCCCAGACAGGCGGUGUUGCACCCCCCCCCACGCCUCAAACCCCCCCCCCAUAGCCUUCAAACUCCUUUGCGGUGUCCCUUUAGCACGGGUUCAGUGCGCAUAAGCAGGGGACAGCACCGUGCAUGUUGUUGGGUUUGUUUUGUUUUUAUUACUUCGUUUCGCCUGUCGUUUUAUUUCGUAUUUUCAGGCUGUGAACCAGCCCCCAAGAUCUUCGGGUCUUGAAGGGUGGUAUACCGAUUUAAUAAAAUAAAUGGACGUCAUUGGGCUGGUAUACCGAUUUAAUAAAAUAAAUGGACGUCAGUGUGAGAGAGAAUUUAUGCACAGUGGUACAGCAGCCUGAAAAGGUGUCGAUCUGUUGUUGCCUGGUCAAAAUACGAAACUUCACAGGAAGUUUUGGAAGAGUGUGUUUUGUACAUCUGACAGCUGAAUGCGCAUUUAUAGUGUAAACAUAAUGCAGAUUACAAAUUCAGUGGCUCCUCCUGCAGAGACCUGCCCCUGUCUGGGUUAAAAUCAGGGACGGAGGGAGGUUGUUCUGCAGUUGAAUAGGUUCAUCCCUCUGAGGGCCUUUUCAGUGGCGCCCCAUUUGUGUAACAUCCUUCCAGCUUAAAUAAGUUGGCAGUGAUUCUUCUCUUAAACAGUUUUCACCCGCCAAAGCAUGUGUUUAUCAAGUAGAGUGGGGUUGGUUUUUUUGCUGCAUCCUGGUUUGGUGGUUUGAUUUGCCUGUUACUUGAGAUUGCACCCUGUACUUGGAUAAUUUGUCAAGGAAGAAAGGAUUGUAUCUACCUGUCUGGUAGGCAAGAUUGGGACUCAAAACUAUGUUAGAAUUUGGGUAGUGAAAUGAUCUCAAUUUCUGUUCAAAAAUAUGACCAACGUUUUAUUUUGUGUAAUAUCACUGUGCCCCUUAUAACUGGAACUUGUCUAGCCCAAAUAAUUGCAUCAUAUCAUUGGAAUCUUAUCGUUAUUAAGAACAGCAGCAAAAAACCCACAUGUUGUCUAGAAAUAUAUGGUGCAUCUCUAGUAGAGCAUAGUAUUAUACCCCUAAAGCAGCUAGCAUGUUUUGUUUCUUUUGCUAUGAUAGUAUAAACUCAUUCCUUAACUUAAAUAAGUAUUCCUCCUCCGAUAUGCUUGCCCUGUAUUAAGAAGGAUUUGAAUGGUUUUGGGGAAAGGGCCGCAGUUCAGUUGUAGAGCAUCUGCUUUGCACACAGAACUCUCAGGUUCAAUCCCUGGUGUCUCUGAGGUAGGUUUAGGCAUGGCCUCUGCCUGAAACUUUUGGAGAGCCUUUGCCAGUCAAAGCUGACAGUACUGAGUUAGAUGCACAAUAGUCUGAUUCAGUAUAAAGCAGCCUUGUAUGCUUGCUGCAACAGUAAGUCGAGAAAUGAAUGGUAUUCUGUGAGUGCCAACAGCAAUUCCCAUAUCUCAAACAUUAAAUCAGAAGAGUUGCAUGGGAAAUGUGAUGAGUUGUACAGUUGUAAAGUACUAUGAUAUAGGGAAGUGUGUACAAUAAUUAUGGUUUAAGCCGACAAAAAGUCUCCUAAUGUCAUAUGAUAGCAUAGCGUACGUAAAUAACUUUCAUGAGUCCUUCUUUCUUAAAGAGUAAAAAAGUGACUUUGUGUGCAUGGUUGGCCAACUCAUUCCAUAGGUGUGCUCAGAUAUAUUUUAUCAGUAUUCAGGUGCCAGCAUCAAAUGUUUCAUGUUAGCACAAAUAGUUUUAUAGGACUUAACUUGCCUGGCUCUCUGGGGAUUGUGCCCAUAGAUAAUGAUCCAGAAAUGGUUACAGCUUCAUAUUUAAACUGGUUUUAUGAAUGUGUCCUGUUUUAAGUGAGCAUUGGAUUUUGCUACUGUUUAUUUUCAAGUUUUUUAUUUUAAGAACUUAUGAGGCUGUAACAUUUAGAUAUAACUUCUGGACAGUAGCAGAAUCUCAGAAUUAUCUCACAGUACUUUUUGUGCAGCGUAACUAUAUCCAUGCAGAUUAAUAGAUCUCACUAUAGAUGGGGUAAGCCAUAGAAAUCAUAUAUCUAUUUGAAGCAUUUCCCCCCCUAUUUUUCAGGAGCCUCCUAACAUUGAGAAGCAAUGGAAGUAGCAACAAGUCAAACGCAAUCUUGCAAUGAAAAGCAGCUGCCAAAUUCUGAAGGUGGAUACGUGUGGCAGGUUACCGACAUGAAUCGACUGCGCCGUUUCCUGUGUUUUGGUUCUGAGGGAGGUACUUACUACAUCAAGGAACAAAAGUUGGGCUUUGAAAAUGCAGAUGCUCUGCUGAGGCUUAUUGAAGAUGGCAGAGGCUGUGACGUGGUACAGGAAAUAAAGACGUUCAGUCAAGAAGGGAGGGCAGCAAAACAGGAGCCAGCAUUGUUUGCGCUUGCCGUUUGUUCACAGUGUUCUGAUUCCAAAACAAAACAAGCAGCUUAUAAGGCUGUCCCUGAAGUUUGUCGUAUACCAACCCAUCUCUUCACUUUCAUUCAGUUUAAAAAGGAUCUGAAGGAGGGCAUGAAAUGUGGCAUGUGGGGCCGUGCCCUAAGAAAAGCUGUUGCGGAGUGGUACAAUGGGAAGAAUGACAUGGCUAUUGCUUUAGCGGUGACAAAAUAUAAGAAAAGAAAUGGCUGGUGUCAUAAAGAUCUUCUCAGGUUAUCCCAUCUAAAGCCUGCAAAUGAAGGUAACAACAACUGGGAAUUUUCCAUUACAGCUAUAAUGGAAUUUGUCUGGAGUAAGCACUGUCUGUUUGAGUUUGUAAGAAAUGAAGGAAUGAGGAAUGAAGCCUCCAUAAAACUGGGGAGCUGUUGUUGCCCAGGCUCAUUUAGACGUUGCAGAAAUGAGUGACCACACAUUUUGAAAUCAGAUACUUAGACAGAAGUGUAACUAUGUGGUUUUACUCAUGGCUUUCAUCGUAAUGGGAGAAACGGUCCUUAGUCUGUUACUACUAUGUUAAGUAGAAUGACAAAAAUCUCACUUUAAAAAAUCACUUUUUUACUUUAUACUUAUGAAUGGUCCGUUUCAUUCUAUACAGUGAAAUGAAGGGAAAAUGUGUCUCAAAUAGCUAAUAAAUUACUGGUUUUUUACAUUAUAACUGAAUUAUCUCUGAUUAUAGUUUCGAUAUUUUUCUGCAAGCUGUAAAUGUACAGUACGUUUGAUGUGCGUUUGCAUAUUCUGCUGUAGAUAAAAACCCGGUCACUUACUUGACAGUUGGGAGAAAACUUCUUAUUAACCAUCCUGUUAAUAAGCUGUUAUGCAAGAGUUACUGAGUAUAGCUUUUUUUUAUUUCAACAGGCCUUGCCGUAGUCACUAAGUAUGUAAUGAAAGGGUGGAAGGAAGUCCAAGAAGCAUAUAAAGACAGCAAGCUUUCUCCUGAGACUGAAAAACUGAUAAAAUAUUUGGAGGCAGUGGAGAGGGUCAAGCAUACAAAGGAUGAAUUGGAAGUGAUUCAUUUGAUAGAAGAAUAUAGUUUAGUUAGGGAACACCUUCUGACAAAUCAUUUGAAAUCUAAAGAGGUGAGUGCAUUAAAUUUGUUAUGUGCACUAACCGUGUAGUUAACGUGAUGAUGUAUAAUUGCCUGUUGAUUCUUAAAUGCUUAAAUGUAAUAUAUCCUCAUUUUAAAACACCAUAUCCUGGUCUUUCUAUCUCAAUCUAUACAAGGUGUGGAAAGCAUUGUUACAGGAGAUGCCCUUAACAGCAAUGUUGAGGAAUCUAGGAAAGAUGACAGCAAAUUCUGUUCUUGAACCGGGAAGCCCAGAAGUAGCAGCAGUUUGUGAAAGACUAAGAAACGAAAAACUUCUUAAAAAGGUGAGACUCUCAUGUUUGUAUUAUGCUAAUGCAGCUCUUUGCAGUUGAAGUAGAUCAUUCCGAUAAUAGAAAUUGGUGUUGAAAGUGUAGCUACACUUGCAACUUGUUGUUGUUGUUUAGUCAUUUAGUCGUGUCUGACUCUUCGUGACCCCAUGGACCAGAGCACGCCAGGCACUCCUGUCUUCCACUGCCUCCCACAGUUUGGUCAAACUCAUGCUGGUAGCUUCGAGAACACUGUCCAACCAUCUCAUCCUCUGUCAUCCCCUUCUCCUUGUGCCCUCAAUCUUUCCCAACAUCAGGGUCUUUUCCAGGGAGUCUUCUCUUCUCAUGAGGUGGCCAAAGUAUUGCAGCUUCACGAUCCGUCCUUCCAGUGAGCACUCAGGGCUGAUUUCCUUAAGAAUGGACACUUGCAACUAAAAACAGCAAUUUCACACUUAAGAGUUUUAGAAUUGCAAAUUUUGAUUGAAAUAUAUUGAACCUGCAAACAGCAUAGAGAUGGAAGAAAGUUGGCCACUAUUUCUAGUUUAAGGAAUUGCGGGUGUUGUGGAUAAGGUUAUAAAAACAAGAAUCUUAUAUGGUCUUUCUCCUGCACAUUGCCAUAUGUUCAGGAAAUUGAUCGAUCAAGGAAAAUGUUGGGAAGCAUUUUCUCAGAAAAGGACGAAGUAUUGUGGAAUUGACAAAACAACAGCACAUUAUUACUAUCUCCACCAUUCUGAGUACAAUUUUAAAGGACCAUCAUUUUGUAGGAAGAACAGAAACCUUUUACUCAAAUGGGAAAUAAAUAUUUCUUUUACUCAAUUGGGAAGAGGGUUAAUCCUGCAAUGAGGGUUCUAGAGUAAAGUAUGAUGGAAAGAGUAGAAACACAUUAAUUGGAGGCAGAGGGUAUUGAUGUUUCAGCAUCUUAGAUCUGAUGUGAGGGCAUCAGAGAGAAGUUGCUAAAAACAGCAACCCCAAAACAAAUUAAAAACCUGGAUAUCUCAGCAUACAUUGGUUCUCAAACAGAAUGCAUUCUGGGAGUCGGUUCUACUCCUGGAACCGUUCGAAAACCAAGGAGAGGCCUGCAGUCAAUUGGAAGCCGCAGAAGCCACACCGGACGUUCGACUUCCAAAAAUCUUUCGAAACCCGGAACACUCACUUCUGGAUUUCGAUUGUUAGGGAGCCAAGGCGUUUGAAAUCCAAGGUACAACUGUAUAUUUUGUGGACGUCUUGAAAUAUCCCAUUUGGUGUAAAGUGAAGAUUACACAAAAGUUCAGAAAAAGUAAUGUAAGCUAGGAUGAUCAGAAGGCAACUUAAGAUGACAACACUUUUUUUUUUGUAUUUAGAAUAUUGUUUUGUCAGUUAUAUGUCUUUGAGAAUGCAGCCCUCUUUUUCUAGGAUCGAAUACAUCCAUUCCAUGUUUUGGUUGCACUAGAAAACUACAAAGGAGAACGUGGUUAUCGGGGGAAACUUCGCUGGCAACCUGAUAAUGACAUUUUGGAAGCACUUGAUGCCUCAUUUUACAAGACCUUCAAGGUAAUUGUCAGUUGUAGCUGCAGACGUUCACACCUGUUUUAACAGCAUGUUGAUUUAACCUUUAUUUUGAAUCUAUCCAUACAUACACAUAUAGUAUAAGCCUCCAGAUGACCAAUCUUCAUUUAAGAAAGUAUUCAAUUUUAAUAAUAAAGGUUUAAGGACAGGAUGAUCAGAGUGGCUUAAGGUCUCUGAAAAACAGAAAUCUUUUGCUUCUCUGCCUCCUUUCUUGUCCUGGCUAAGUCCCAUGGAGACCCAUUCUGCAGCUUAUGCUGCUUCAGCCACUUCCUCCUACUGAGUUCCCUGAGGCCUUGUAUUUGGGGGAGAGAGAGAUUAUAAAGAACAACAUCUUGUCCAUCCUUCUCAUACUGUGUGGUCUUCUAGUUCUGGGCAACAGCCAAUGUUGUGCCUGUAGCGUGACUUCCUUUGCUCGAGGGUCCCUCAAACAGACUUGGAGACUUGUGGGGAACAGGGGGACGGGGGAUGGGACGACGACAACCAGUUUGCACAAGCUGCUUCCUUUACUGUGAGAAGCGAAGUUACAGGGAACUAGGCAUAGGGCCUUCUUGGUAGUGCUGCCCUCCGUGUGGAACACCCUCCCUUCAGAUGUCAAGAAGAUAAAGAACACAACUUUUAGAAGACAUCUGAAGGCAGCCCUGUAUUGGGAAGUUUUUAAUGCUUGAUACUUUACUGUGUUUUUAAAUAUGCUUCCCAGAGUGGCUGGGGAAACCCAGCCAGAUGGAUGGGGUAUAAAUAAUAAAAUUAUUUAUUAUCAUCAUCAUUAUUAGCAGAUGACCAUAGUUUGGACAUCACCCUCUUUUUCUUCAAGGUAGCAAUUGCUUGUUCUCAAUGUAUGCUUAUGCUAUGAAAGCAUAAUAAUAACAACCACUCUCCCAAUUUACUUCUCACACUCUUUCUUUAGACAAUGGAGCCAACAGGGAAGCGUUUCAUGCUUGCAAUUGAUGUCAGUGACUCUAUGUUCCAAAAGGUUUUGGGUAGUGUGCUGAAUGCUAGUACAGUUGCUGCAGCAAUGUGUAUGGUAAGUUAUGUUUGUUUCACCAAAUUAUUUCAACCCAAAUUUGAAUGCUGAAGUAGCUUUCUGUUUUCUUUCAUGCCCAGACAUGCACUCUGCCUACAGACCUAAUCAAGAGAAACCUAAAAACCUAAGUGGGGGGUAGGGUAAGAGAGUAGCUUGUGAUGCCUUAGAGAGUCUUUCCUCAUUUUUUAAAAAGGCUUACUUUAAAAGAUAGAAGCAUGCUUGCAAACAAACAUAAUAACCCCUAUCUAACUUUUUAUCAUCUAAAAGUAUGAUGCAGAUAAUCAUGCAUGUAUUUGGGGUGGUUAUGGAAGACAAACAAACAACUUAGUGAGGGAGCAAUGUCCUCCUUUCUACUCCCAAAUGUCUCACAUUAGCACAUUUAGAGCAAUGCAUAGAGAUGUGAAGGCCAGGGGGAGGUACAGGAAAAUUGGGGGAAAAUGGGUUUCCUCCCAAUUUUUCCAUUUUCUCCCCAGGCCUUCACAUCUCUAGGAAGGCAUGAAGGAGCCACCUGGAGCAGUAAAAGAGAUACAAGAGGAUGGAGGGAUCUGUUAGAGAGUGAUAAGUUUGAUUGAGAAGUACUAGAGGAGAGGAGCUGAAGAGGAAAUGUGGCUAUAGCAAUGGACACUCUGAAAAUCCUGAGACAGACAGUGGUACCCUUAGGUCUCCCUUCAGAACAUAGAACACAAAAUGAAAAUAACAUGGCUUCAUUUUCUGUUUUCUGUUUUGUUUAACACCCUUACCAGGUUGUUGCACGAACUGAAAAAGAUUCUCAUAUUGUUGCCUUUUCCCAUGAAAUGGUCCCUUGCUCGGUGACUGAGGACAUGACAUUACCUCAAGUGUUACAUAAGAUGUCUGAGGUAUCUAAAGCUUUUAUAUUUGUCUCUGAUUUUAUAUGUGGAAGUUCAGCUAAUUGUCCUGAAUUUCAAAAAGGAACUACUGGUAAACUUUCUCCCUCAUUUUGAACAAAAUAUUUUAUAAAUAAUACUUUGAAGUAUCUUGUUCACUUCAGAUUAUUUUUUCACCGUUAAAUUAAACUGAAGCUACUUUUGAUAAUAUUUUCAUGCAAUUUUCACUGUUCUCCAAUCUAUAUAUAAUCCUAUACAUAUGGACUUGGAUGUAAAUCCACUUGUGUUCAAUGGGAUUUUCCGUCUGGUAAGUAUAUUUAAGAUCUUAAAAUCUGUGAUUAGUUUGUUUGAAAAGAUGGAAUCGAGAACUUUAUCAAACAUCAAUAGACUCAACAAAAAUAUAGAACUAAAAUUCAUUUUUGCUAUUGAACAUCAUUAUACGUACAUGGCACUUUACAUAGUUGCAUGCCAAAAUCGAAGAAAAACAAAACCCAGGUGUUAAGAGUUUACACUGUAAAUUUCAAAAGGAGGAGUAACAGGUAGAUGGAAGACCAAGGGCAGUUGCCUGUAUUUAAGCUUUGUCGCAGUUGAGGCUGAGCAUAGAUUUGAAGUGAUAUUGGAAGGCGGAGGGAGAAAGAAAGAGACAUUAUAUAGGAGUUCUAAGGAUAAGGGACAGAAAGAGAAUGUGGCCAACACUGUUGUAAGAAUAGGAGUCUUUGCGUUAAUUGCUGGCAAUAGAGUUUGAGUAAAUGUUGUGGACAGGGAUGUAAAAGGAAAUAAGAGCACAGAGAGAUGCUAGGGCAGAACCUUGGAGAGCUAUAUGGGUAAAACAAAAAGUUUAUCCUGGAUGCUGAAGAGUAUAGGAAGUCGUCAGGGAUUUGCGGAGGGCUUCUCAGAGUGCACCAGUGUGAGAGAUGAGUAGAGUUUUGAACCAAAGUACAGUUCCCAUCUAAAACGUCUUGUUUUGCUGACUUGUUUUGUUAAUAAUGGUUUCUUAUUUUUCCUAGAUUCCAAUGGGUGCCAUAGAUUGUUCUCUUCCAAUGCUAUGGGCUCAGAAGACAGGUGUAGCUGUUGAUGUCUUUAUUGUGUUAACAGAUAAUGAGACAUUUGCUGGAGAUACUCAUCCUGCCACAGCCUUGAGGACGUAUAGAGAGGUAAAAUGCCCUUUGUACAACUUUGCCAUGAAGUUGCUUCUGUAGGAAAUAGCUGAUUUUUAAAUAGUUCCCACCUUUUAAAAGGAUGACUGCUAUGUUGCAGAAAUAAAAACUCUUUAGAAUCAUUUAUGCGUGGCAGUUGAAACUACAAUACUAGUGGCUGGCACACUGUUAAAAAUAUUCCAGUUUGCAACAGCAGCACUCAAAAAUAAUUUCCUUCAAACAUUUUGCUCACUUCACAUUUGCUCUGCUCAGUAUCAGUGUAAGGUGCUGUACUUUGUGGCUCUUCAGUGGGUCUGCAUCAUGGUCAAACAGAUUUGUGCAUGUGUGGCUAUAAAAGCUCUCCAGAAGCCAAGCCGGGCCAAUAAGAAAAUGAUUUCCAUAGGUAGGGCAGAGAGGCAAUGGCAGUAGGAGAGCCAGCACAACCUCUCUUUUCUCCUAAUGUGCAGCGGGUGUGUGUGUGUUAUUGUAGUGGAAAACAGAUGGAAUUAGAAACCCAGGGAAAUUGUCAAUGAAUACUGUCUUGCAUGCAAAGAGGUGGGGCAGGUCAGCCGGGUUUCCUGUAUCUGUCACAGUAAAGUGUAAAAGACUUGGCUUUUGUAAAGAGUUCAUACUUGGUUGUGCAGCUGCACACUGGAAAAAAUGUGUUUCUUUUUCUUCUUCCUUCAGAGAAUGGGUAUUCCAUCCAAGCUGAUAGUUUGUGGGUUGACAUCCAACAGUUUUACCAUUGCAGACCCAGAUGACAGAGGCAUGCUGGACAUAUGUGGCUUUGACACAGGAGCACCAGAUGUCAUUCGAAACUUCACUUUGGAUUUGAUUUAAAUCUGUGAGCACCUGCUUUACUGAAUCUGUUACUUGCUGAAGACUUUGACCUGGGACUUACCAGUCGGAUUGACUGACUGUACUAACUUAUGACUGAGUUUGACUCAUCAAUUGGAAAGUUGAACUUUUUUAAAGGGGAUGUACAGACAAGUAGAGGCAGAAUCCACUUUCUGGGGAGAUUGUUUACUUCUGUUGCAUAUAGUUUUAAGAUAGCAGUGGAAAGCCUUAUAGAAAUACCUAUGGAACACCAUAUGUGUUUAAUUUUAUUAAUAGGUUACCAAUAGCAAGGUAUUCCAUCAAUUUAUACAUUAUUUUCUGAGAAUAAUUUUAUUCUGUUACUUCCAGGAUGGGAAGUGAUUUUAACAUUUUACAUUGUGUUGGGUUAAUAACUGUUUGCUUGAGUAGCUGUUACUCAUUGUAUUGAAAAGGAAAAGUGAGACCAAGUCUGCACUACCGGUUAACUCACUUUUUUUAAUGUGUGUUGGUUCACAUUGUGUACACCACACCUACUUUUGGCAACUUGCUGCUUUCAGUGCUCCUUUUAUUUGUAGGGGAUUCUGUUUCUAUAAGUGUUGGGAUAUUUUUUGGACAACUGGAUUGUCCCAAGGGAUAUGUGGGUGGUGUUUGGUCUUCAGCCUCUUCCUUCAUCAUUCCUUGUUUCAAAACAAGUCUUGCAAGAAUUGCACGAUUUCGUAGUCAUGCAUUCUCAUCACACUAAUUCACGAAUAAGCAUAUUUUAAAUUUUAUACGUUUGCUGAUAUGAAGAAGGAUCACCAAGCAAGUUUGUCUUUUUGCACAUUUUAAUCAAAGGCAAAUGAAAUUACAAACCUCACCAUUUGAAGCACAGGGACAAAGAAGUAGAGAGGAUUGUUGGCAAAGAUAAAAAUCGUGACAAGUAAUUUCAUGCUAGUAAAUGGUGUAGGGAAUAUGCCCUGAAACAGUCUUUUAAGUGUGACAGCACUGAACCUGUACAGGUUUCCGGGUAUUUUGAGUGCAGUUGAUGCCAGUGACUAAAUUCUAGUCAACAGUGAUUUGUGGUAUACUAUUAGUGCAGGCAAAGCCCAUGGACCAACCUUGUAGUUUUCAGCUCAGCUGUGUACAAUAGGGAAAUACUUAUGGAAUGCACUAGACCACACAACUGUGAUAGGGGUACAAAAGCUACAUAUAUUUUAAACUGAACCAGGGAGUUUUAAUUAAAUUAUAAUGGAUUUUUUUUGUCUUUUCCGGAGCUGAAUGUAUUGGUACAUACUACUACCAUUACCUUAUCUAUGAGCAUUAUAGGUAACAAACUGCCCUUCUUUAUGCCUUGUUCACUUUGUUCAAAACCCAUCUCCUUCCACCAGCUUCUACGGAAAGUUUUAAUAUAUUGAGUUCUUCUUUACAGGGCACUAGUGUUAAUCAGUGCAACUGGUAGAGCAAAAUUGAUACUUAUGCAUGUAUAUUGGAGUCCUGAAAUAUGCCAUAUAAUACAAAAAAUACCAACCACACCCUUCCUUUCUGAUGUUUUGGUCCUAGGUUGAUAAAUUUCUUUCAAGUGUUCUUUUGAAAACACUUCUCAAUGCAAACACUAAUCUAUUGUCAAAAUCCAGUGUAAUUAUAGCAAAGUAAUUACACAGUGCAUUCUGCAAACAUUUUAUAGUCCACAAUUUGUAUGGGCCUCAGCCUAGUAAACAUUUGAUUAAAUUGUAAUGAGCAGGGAUGCAGCAACUGCCUGCAUCUUAUCCAGUCAAAAGUGUUUGCACUGCAUUUUGUAUAAAGUACCUACUAUAGGUACUUGCAUUUUUUCACAACUUCAGAAGGUUACUUGCAAAUGCUAUUUUUUUUUCUUUUUAAUUCUUAAAAUGGCUAGAGAAUCCAGGAAAUCACAAUUUGCAAUUGUUGAAGGAUGUGCAUCUUAAGACAUUAGUAGUUAUGUAAGUAGUGGCAUAUGUUUAAUACAGGACUGCAAAGUUUGACUAAGUGUAGAAUAAUUCAUUAAAAUUUUUGAUCAAAAAGAUUAAUAGAGUAACACAUUUUCAAUAAUAGUAAUGUAAGUACUUCACCUGGAAAUUCCAGGCAUUGUCUUAGAAAAGUCCAAGAUUAAUAUAUUCAAGAUAAUUAAUAAUUUGGUACAGUUCUUUAGAAGGAGAUUGUUUCUGUAAAUGCCAAGAUGCAUAGUUACUUUUCUGCCCUUCACAGAAGCAGCCGUCCAUCAGAAGCAGCUAUAUUUAAAAUAUUGCCGUAUGAAGUACUUGUGGCUGCAAUCUCUUGUCUAAUUUUUUUUAUUAAAAGAGGCAAGUGUCUAAAAAUGUUACAAUAACACUGUGCUGCUUUUCUAAUAUCUUGGGUGAUAUUUGUUUUAGAUUAGCUCUUGUGUACAUAGCAGGCGUUAUUUCCUUCUUGUUAAAAGAUAAUAAUUCUGUUAUGAGUAUUAUGCCUCUUCCUGUAGAGAGAUGCCCUACAUGGAUUAGAUGCAUGAUUGAUCAACAAAUACUAAUGACAGUUACUGACCAAAUGAACAGAACUACUGCCCUCUCCCAAGGUAUGAGAAUAUCAAAAGCAUAGAAAAUGGUAAAUGAUAGAAUAGGAAAUUGCUGCUAAGUGUGAAAAUAGUUGCUACACAUACAACGUUACUAACAUAAAGUAUGCUUUGUACAGCAUUGGUAAAAGUUUGGUGUAAACGUUAGGUGAGUCAGAAUAAGCUAAUUGAUCAAGUAGAAAGAAGCUGACAUGACUUUGUGUGGCUUUAGCACAAAUUUAAUUCAUUGAAAACUAAAAGGAAUAGCUGUAACUACCAUAUUUUUACACUUUCAAAAUUAAGUACAGUUAACUUGUGUUAUACACAUUUCGCUUGUGUGUAUUCAGUUUUAUGCACUUGGCAAAUUAAAAACAAACAAACAAGGGGGCAGACCUAAAAAAAACCCCUAACUUUUGCAAUUCCAUCCAUCAUUGCAUCCAGUAUGUUUUGACUAUAUGUAAUUUUGACUUCAUGCGUUAUCCCUGGAAUGUAACUCCCACGUAAGUUUGAGAGUUGCCCGUUUCCAGUUGUUUUGCAGGCUGAGAUUUAGGGCCAGUUCCUUUGUAGAGGAAUGCCAGUGGAUUUUCAGGAAAGAAGAGCCUAAACCGGGGUGGCUGAUUGGUGGCUUCCAGAUGUUGCUGGACUCUUAACACCCAUCAGACCUUGUCAGCAUAUCCAGUGAUGAUGGGAGUUGUAAUACAGCAGUGUCUGAAGGUCCACUGGUUGGCCACUCCCCUGUCAUAAACAUUGGUGAGAUUCUGAAGAGUUAAUAGUACUAACACUAAUAAUUUUAUUAUUUGUAUGCCGCCCAUCUGACUGGGUUGCCCCAGCCACUCUGGGCGGCUCCCAACAGAAUAUUAAAAACACAAUAAAACAUCAAACAUUAAAACCUUCCCUAAACAGGGCUGCCUUCAGAUAUCUUCUAAAAGUCAAUUAGUUGUUUAUUUCCUUGACAUUUGAUGGGAGGGCAUUCCCGCAGGGUGGGCUCCACCACCAAAAAGGCCUUCUGCCUGGUUCCCUGUAGCUUCACUUCUCGCAGUGAGGGAACUGCCAGAAGGCCCUCAGAGGUGGACCUCAGCGUCCGGGCAGAAUGAUGGAGGUGAAGACACUCCUUCAGGUAUACAGGGCCAAAGCCACGUGUGCCAGAUUAUGUUGCUAUGUCCUGUAGAAUUUUGCUUCCUACCCCAUUAAAAGGUAGUAACUCCACUCCACCCACAUAAUACAUUGCUUUUGAGAUUUCCCUUGGCCUCAGAAGAGAUUUUCUAUAUGGCUAUAGAGUGGGUUGGCUGUUGAGGAAAUGCUAGUCAAAGUCUUCUAAGAGCAUAUUGCAUUAUUGGUUGUGCAGUUUUGAUGCCUCUUUCAGCAAAGCCCUAUUGUUUUCCCCCCCUCUUUGACAUUUUUUGCAGACACUAAUCUAUGAUAUGCAAAGUAUUGGUUCUAGGCCUGUUAUUUUGAUUAGGCUAGCUGUUUUUAUUUUCCAGAACUCCUGGGUCGACUUAGUUGAAAAAUGCUUAUUGUUUGACACACUCUAGGAAUGUAAAAAAGCAUGGAAAAAGCCAGAUGUCAUUUGUGACCUGCCUGCCAGAUGGCAUUCAGAAUUCAGUUUUUCAAGCAAAUGAUCUGAAUUGCCUUUCGAGGCACCCCCAAACUUGGCCCUCCAGAUGUUUUGGGACUACAGUUCCCAUCAUCCCUAACCACUGGUCCUGUUAGCUAGGGGUGAUGGGAGUUGUAGUCCCACAACAUCUGGAGGGCCACGUUUGGCCAUGCCUGCCCCAAACAAUAUUAGUGAUCCUUUUAGAUCAAUUCAUGGACUUUGUGCCAAUAUUUUAUGAAAAAAUGUAGGAGUUAAGCCCCGUUUCACAGAGGUUUGUCUACAGUAUACAAAUGUUUCUCAGGGAUAUGGCUAGCUAUUCUGAUUUUGAUGUCAAUAUGCUAUGAAAUUCAAUCCUGCCUUUUUCUGCCUAUGUUGCAGAAGCAGCAGAGUGUAGCAGGUAAGGAGGAAGGGAGCAGCAAAUUCAGAGUAGAAGGUGAGGUAUCAUAAUUGGUCCUGCAUCCAAGAUGGUUAAAGGCUCAUUCUUCUAUGUGCUAGUUAUCUCUGUUGUGUCCUCUAUUCUGGGCACCCCUGUAUUGCAAACAAAUUGUACAGAUCUCAAUGGGACAUAAUAAAAUAGGUGGGCAGAACAGGCCAGACUUCAGUUGGUUACUAGGUAGGUAGCAUUAAAGUGUUGAUAUAGGACAGGUUGCUAAGAAGCUAUGAGCGAUUGAGUGCUUGAAGAAAUUGAAUGAAUGCUUCUGCAAAAAGAAAAAGAAAAAUGGUAAGCAUUUGGGCAAACAAACAGUUAAUUCUGAGUUAAAAGUUUUUCAUAUGCUCAUUAUAAUGGAACUAAGUUAUUAACUCUGGGAAAGUCCUAUAAAUGUCAUUGUGGAGCUGCUGCUUGAGGAGUCUCUAGAAAAGAGGAUUCAAAAGUGCAAAACUAAUACUGAGAAAUGAUUGUAGGAAUAGCAUACAUGGGUACUUGGGGGUGGAAGAAUAAAAAAUUAAGGCCCUAAUGCUAAAAGAAGUAUUGAGAAGAAAACUGUAUUUCCUGGAAAGUGUGUUGAUUCCUUCAAGUGCAUGUCUUUCUUCAAAUGGUAAGACACAUAAUUACAAAAAUGGUCUAAAUUAAUAAUCAGAAAAAUGAAGACUAGCAGAACUGGAUGAACACACAGAGAUGAGCAAAAAAUUGAUCUCUUUGCAAAGGGAUGCAAUUAGCACUUUAUGAGAUUUUGGGAACACAAAUUAAAAUUUAACUGAAAUUGUUCUUUCUGCUUCUGUAUGCUGUUUCAAACCUGCAUUUUACAUAGGAGGAUACAAGGCCUUAUUUUUCCUGCCCAUCCUCUCCACUGUUUCCCCCCCCCUCCCCGAAUCAAAGCUUCUCCUGGCAAUUUGAAACCCCAAGAAGAUGUGGCAUAAGGUAUAGGUGGGAAGAAAUAGGGCAGGAAAACCUUGUUACGUGGGCAGCCUCCUGCUCAUGAAAAUGUGGAUGCAAGCUGUUGUAAAGCAUGAGCUGAUUAAUGCUGAUAAGUAGACAGUCCAUAAAGCUAGACUAUGAGUGUAAUCCAAGGCCAGACAGGCACCGGUGCCUUGUGUGUUUUUCUGUGGAGUCCAUGUACUUAUGAGAAUUUCCUGUUACAUGUGCAGAAUACUCCUGAGCUCAUGGAAGAGUACAUGAAAUCCCUGGUGUGUGUCACAUCUUCUGGCUCACAAGUCGUAAAUCGUUGAGGGUCUAUGGAAUACACCAUGACGUUAUUGUUUUUACAUACACUAAUUCUGAAUAUAUUUUAAUACUGCCACAUCUCUCGCUACAUAAAUGCUACUGUCUUACCUUGCGACUCUUUCAAAACCCAGCUGCUAUUUAGCCACCAUUCAUUUUUCUCAUUACUUGAUUUACGGAAGUACAUGGGAAGGGCUGAAUGAAUAGUGCUCUAAUUGGGUAUCUUUUCCCUUUCAGUAGUUAUAGAGGUCAUCUUAAUUCCCCUUUCUCCUUUGGGCCACUUUCUUUUCUGAGGUUUGUCUGUUCCAGGUAUGAUUUGUGCUGCUAGUCUCACCUUUGUUCUUUUUUUAAUGAUAGAUAAAUAUAUUUGCUGUUUCUUUACACUUUUGUAAAGGUGUUCUUUUCUGUCGAGUAGUAGACGGAGUCUAUAGACUGAGGCGCAAACAACAAAUUCAUUAAACUGGUUGAGAGGGCCUUAAAUUUGAGUUGAGCCUCAACAAUGGCUAAGUGUUACAUCACUACUGGUUAAUGCUAACUACGAUUCACACUUCAUUGGGAUUUUUAAUCAGCUUCUGACUUUUUUUCUGGUUAGUGCUAACCAUGAUUAACAUCUAUGCCAACAUACCCCUCAAUUGGGUUGAAGCUUUUGUGGGAAAUUCAAGCUGGGUGGGUGGGUGGGUGGCAGUGAGCAACCCCAAAUAACAGGCUCCCAAGUUCUUAGCCAUGGCUAGGGGAUCAGAAAGUAUUGCAGCUGCUUAGGCCUAUGGUGCAAUGACCUCUUAUGGCCAUAGCCUCUGAUGGUUUCACAGAGCAGCUUUGUGUACUCCCACCCUCAUACUGGAGUGGGAUCGCAUGUAUUUGAAUGGCACAAAAGGACUCCAGUUGAGAUGGUUUCACUAGAGAAGAUUAGUAACAAGUUUGAGAAAUUGAGGGCCCAGUUAGGCAGAAAGCUGUGGGACACAAGUUGAAGAAUCAUGGUACUUGUUGAGUACAAUCGAAAUAUAAAAAUGAGCAUAGAACAAUGAAGUUCUUAAAAAAACAAAAAACAAAACCUGAUUUUUUUGUGCUUUGUUCUUUUGGUGUUUCCAAAGUUCUGUUUGUAGAAUCUGAGCAAAAGCAAUAAUUCUAUCAUACAGCAGGACCCAUUCGCUUGAAGGAAAUGCUUUAGUUGCCGCUGGUUUCCUUGCGGAGGAGAAAAAAACAUAGUGCUUUACAAAGUAUAUACUCAAAUUAAUGCUCACCAAGCUCAAUUAAAAAUGUCCUAAAAUAAGACAAACCUGUGGAAAUGCUUCAGUUGCCACCAGUUUCCUUGCGGAGAAGCAAAAAAAGUGCUUUACAGUUAAAAUGCCCUGAAAAUCAGACAUACAUGGGGAAGGCUGGAAUUAAUUUUCGUGGUAUUAGAAAUGUGUUCUUGGACUCGCAAAGUGAGUGAGAAGUUAAUGACUAUUGUGGAAGUAUGAAUGUACUGUAUAUGCAUGUGGCUCUGCCGUUUUUUCUUUUAUUUUCAUGUACCCUGAAUUUGGAGUAUAGGAAACACACGAGACGAGUGCACUUUAGUGUGGCACAGUAUAAACUUAACUAUGAGCACAAUAGGUAACAAGCAGCCCCUUUAAGACCUUGUUCACACUACAUACCUGCAUUCUGGCUAGAACAUGGUGCUUGUAACAUCUGGGUUUCCAUGUGAAGAAAAUAUUUUUCAUGGAGGAGCUUUCAACCAUCUGAGUCCCCACAUAGUCUUAAGUGUAUGUUGAUCACCUUGGAGAGAACUCAACCUUGUAUUCAAUACAUUCUAAUUUGAGCAGCUGUUCCCAGACUAAUAGUUUGUUAAAACCACACUUACAUAUUUGGAGCAAUAUAGUCCCUCUAUAAGCAAAUGUGACCACAUUAUUUGCAUUGUGUGCUUUGGAUUAAAAGGUUACCAAUUUGUAUGUGUAAUUGUACAACAAAGUUAACUUUAUUGCUACAACUGCAGUGCUGCUUAAUUUUCUUUAGAUCUAAAUAAGGUUAACAUAGGAUGUAGCGACACUGUUUUAAUAGACUGGUAAAUAGGGUUUUGGUGUUAGCUUUUUCUACAGAAUGAAAAAGAGCCUUAAUUGGGUAAACAGUGGUGUUAUUGUUUAGAAUGCCUUAAGAUAUGUAUCAUAUGAAAUGGGCACUCAUUUGAAUCUGUAGGUAUGCAGCUUUCCCCCUAAAUAAUUGAGUUCUGCCUUAAGCCACGCCACCCUGAGAUCUGAGAGUGUACAAUUGAACAGGCUAGCAUUAAAAUAGGAAAUGGGUGGGGUGGGGUGGGAAUAGGUCUUUGUGGUAAAAGGAUAAAAAGUGUAAAUGUCUUAGAAAAAAUUCCUUUUACAUGUUAAUGUAGCAUUAUAAAGGCAACCUAGACAUACCAGCAUUUUGCAUGUUUUUGUUUUUGCAUUUAUUUGAUGGAGCUAUAUUGUACUGUGGGAAAACCCUAUAUACAAAAAGCUGUUCAAUACAAAUUGGUAAUCCAUAGACCAGAUUAAUUUAUUUUAUUAAUAUUGUGGGAAGAUCAGUUUUCACUUGAGGGUUCAGUUUCAGUUCUUUAAGAAACAUUGAAAUAGAGAUAUUUACCAGCAUCUGUGCAAAAUGUUUUUUUAAUGGUAUGUUUAGUGUGAAAUGUAUGUGUUUGUCUAAUUGGUAGAUAAAUAUUACUUAACAGGGUCAUAAAGAACUUAUCAAAACUUUUAACUCUUGCAACGGCAGGAAAAAUGCUGUUAUUCAGGUCUCUAUGUUGUGAUUUUUGCUUUAUAUAUGUUAAAGGUGCACUAUGUCAUUCAAAACAAGAAGGAAGACUGCCUAUGAAUUACAAAAUUUAUCCAUUUAAACUUUUACAAUUGAAGUUUAUACAUUUUGUUGUUUGCUUGUAUUUUGACUGAAUUUGCUGCUCAGUUUUUUAGAAUUAAAAACUGCCUUCUAUUGGAGCAAAAUACAUUACUUGUGAAUGUGAGUAAUGAAGCCCUGAUAAUCACUACCUAUAUACACAGCUUAUGGAGAGGGCUAUUUUGAAUAGAGGAUCGGGGAUGUGUAAAGUCGAAAUCAAAAUCUCCUCUUGAAGGUUUAAUUUUAAAAUGAAAACAGCUGUCACAGCUUCAUGAAAUAAUUUGAGUAUAACACAAAGGCCUUAAGAGGUUUGUGUUGGUAUCUGACUUCUACUUUAAAACAUGCUGGAAAAUCAGCCUUAAUAUCUCUUUUUUUAAAAAUAAUAAUCAAAAAUCAAAUAGUGCAUCUUUAACUGUGACAUGAUCACUUUCUUAAUAAGAAAGGUGAACAUUGCCAGACAAUGUGGUUUUUGAUCUUACUCAUAACCCUAAUCCUUAAAUAAUUACAUGAACGUUUUUUGACGCUGCAAAUGAAUUGUUCCUAAUCUACAUUAUGAUUUGUAGAACACGACAAGUACAAAAUAAAUUCUAUGCAUAUCAUUCUCUUCAGUGACUUCACAAUCAAUAUGCAUGUAGUAAGGCUCACUAAAUGGUAGGCAUAUGUAUGGAAAAUGAGGCCAUAAAGAUCAGCUGGAACAGAUGUUGGGCAGGUGCUGAAUGCUGUUUACCUCUGCAUGCCUACAUUCUGCCUCUUUGGGUGAGGUCCAGUGUAGCACAAAUUGGCAUUCCCUCAUGCAAUGGGACUUCUCCCUGCCACCCCCUUUCAGCCUCCCAUGCACGCUCAAAGCCUGUUCUUGAGGGUUGGGGGAUAUUCCAUGGCAGAAGAGAAUUUUUAUUGCCCAGGUGGGUGGGCUUCAUUAGAUGUGACCCUUUGUUUCCAGGCCUCUGAUGUAAGUUGGCCUUUGUGGUGAGAGCCAGUGUGGUGUAGUGGUUAAGAGCAGUGGACUCGUAAUCUGGG